UUGUGCAUUGUAUGCGGUGGUGCCUCUAUCAUAGACUACUCUUCACUUUCAAAUCACAACGGCGUGUCUAGAAUAUCUAUGAUAUCCAUGCCCGGUUUUCCCAUCUCGUAAUGCUCUUCUACUCGUUCUUCAAGUCCUUGGUGGGCAAAGACGUGGUUGUGGAGCUCAAGAACGACCUUUCUAUCUGCGGCACCCUUCACUCUGUUGACCAAUACCUGAAUAUCAAGCUCACGGAAAUCAGCGUUACAGAUCCGGACAAGUAUCCGCAUCUGAUUGCCGUCAAGAACUGUUUCAUCCGAGGCUCCGUGGUCCGUUACGUUCAAUUGCCCUCUGACGAGGUGGACACACAACUUUUGCAAGACGCUGCGCGAAAAGAAGCUCAACAGAACAAAGCCUCUUAA